UUUUUUUAUCGGAGUGGUUUUAGUUAUUAUAGUGACUGUUUAGAUAUGAAACGGAAGGCUUGAAGUCGACUAAAGGAAGGGAUAAUAACACAACGACUUACACCGACUGCAGAAAGAGGAGAGAGUGAGAACAGGUCACUCAAAGGAAGUUUCUGAGAUGGAAGCAGCUCACAUCAGCCCAGAGCUUCCUAUUCGAUGGGUUGUUUCUGCAGACAGGACUGUUGAGAUCAAGGAGGAAGUGACUGAGCUGGGGUGUGACCAGGCCAAUGAGCGGAUCCUGCAGGAGGAAACGCCACCUUCUAGCAUCACUGAGAGAGGUACAUGUAUUAAGCUUUCUGAACUGGAACCUGUCACUAUUAAAAAGGAAACCGCAGAACUAGAACCUGUUCACAUUAAGAUAGAAGUCACAGCGCUGGAACAAGUCUAUAUUAAAGAGGAGAGUCCUGCACUAGAGUCGGUCCAUAUUAAAGAGGAGAGUCCUGCACUAGAAUCGGUCCAUAUUAAAGAGGAGGCCUCUGAACUGGAACCUGACCCUGUUAAACCAGCAGUAAACAAGCUUGAGGCUUUAUUAAAUGAAGGAGAAGCAUCUCAUGACAUGUAUGCUAAUGGAGAGGAGGGGACUGAGCUGGGUUCCAUUCAGAGGAAACCUCGCAUCUCCCAGCAAGAGGCUAUCCAAAUACAUCCUUCAUCUCAACAUGAACCAAGGUCACCUUCACCCUGUGGGACAACAAUGUUAGAAAAAACACACCAUCAAAUUCACACAGGACAUAAACCACACCACUGUAAUGAAUGUGGAAAGAUCUUCACUCAAUUGGUAAAGUUUCAAAGACACCAGCGAACUCACACAGGAAAGAAAAAUUACCAGUGUAAUGAUUGUGGAAAGAGCUUCAGUGAAUUAGGAAAACUUAAACAACACCAUCGACUUCACACAGGAGAGAAACCUUACCAGUGUAACGAAUGUGUGAAAAGAUUCUCUCAAUUACAAAGUCUUAAAAUACACCUGCGAACUCACACAGGAGAGAAACCUUACCAGUGUAAUGAAUGUGUGAAGAGCUUUUCUCAGUUACAAAGACUUAAAAUACACCAGCGAACUCACACAGGAGAGAAACCACAUCACUGCAAGGAAUGUGGAAAGAGCUUCAGUCAAUUGCCAAACUUUAAAAGACACCAGCGAACUCACACAGGAAAGAAACCUUACCUGUGUAAUGAAUGUGGAAAGAGCUUCAAUGAAUUAGGAAAACUUAAACAGCACCAUAGUCUUCACACAGGAGAGAAACCUUACCAGUGUAAUGAGUGUGGAAAGAGCUUCACUCAGUUACAAAGUCUUAAAAUACACCAGCGAGCUCACACAGGAAAGAAACCUCACCAAUGUAGUGAAUGCGGAAAGUGCUUCAGUGAAUUAGGAAGUCUUAAAAAACACCAGCGAAUUCAUACAGGAGAUAAACCUCACCACUGUAAUGAAUGCAGGAAAAGCUUCAGUGAAUUAAGAAGUCUUACAAAACACCAGCGAAUUCACACUGGAGAGAAACCACACCACUGUAAUCAAUGCGGGAAGCGCUUCAGUGAAUUGGGACAUCUUAAAAGACACCAACGAAUUCACACAGGAGAGAAACCUCACCACUGUACAGAAUGUGGGAAGAGCUUCAAUGAAUUAGGAAACCUUAAACAACACCAGCGAAUUCACACAGGAGAGAAACCACACCACUGUAAGGAAUGUAUGAUGUGCUUCACUAAAUUAGGAAAUCUUAAAAGACACCAGCGAGUUCACACAAGAGAAACACUAGUGUAAUGAAUUUGGGAAGAGCUUCACUUGAGUAGACAAGACUUGACUUAAAUCAUACAAUCGAAUUCACACAGUAGUGAAACGCUUAUCUAUUUUACUGAAAGUGGGGUAAAUGUUUAAUCUGAAGGGACACCUUUAAAAAACCAUAGGGGAUCUAGUUUGCUCUCCUGGUGUGGUAAUUCCUAGACUUGAUGGGAUUGACUUGGGGCUUUCUGAUCACAAGGCCAUCUUUCUGAAUAUAGCUAUUCCUCUUCCGCCUCCUCCUAGUAACCGUACUAUCACUUUUCGUAAUAUUAAGUCAGUUGAUCCUGAUGCAUUCAUAAACUGGCCUUUUCAUCAACCUCAGGUCUACUCGAUCGAGGAAUCUGUUAUUCACUAUAAUCAUGCAUUAACUUCUAUUCUGGAUGACCUUGCUCCUGUUAAAACCUGUGUGGUUUCGUUUACAUGCGCCAGCCCCUGGUACACUAAAGAGCUACGCUCUGCAAGGGCCACCGGCCGUCUUCUAAAACGACAGUGGAAGAAGUCUGGCUUGACUAUCCAUGCGCAGAUUUAUCAACAAUACCAGGUUGCUUAUAGAGUUGCUAUUGGCAGUACUAGAUCUUUAUACUAUUCCUGUAUUAAAAGAGGGAACGGAAAUCCUAAAGCUCUCUUUACCACCUUUAAUAAGCUGUUACACCCUGUUCACAACACUGCAUCCUCAGCAUCUGUUGACCAGUGCAAUAUAUAUACUUAAAGCUUUUUCAGAAUAAGAUUGAUAACAUCAAUAAUCAGCUGCGCUCUUCUCCUUGUCCUUACUUUACUGUUGUGUCAAGUCCUCCUUCACCGGUGUCUGGGCUAUCUCACUUUUCUAUUGUCGAUACUGCCUAUAUUUAUAAAUUUGUCGGCAAAAUGAGACCCACUACUUGCCUUUUGGAUCCUAUUCCCACUACUUUUAGUUAAGGUCUGUUUUCCAGCUCUAGGUCCUUUUGUUACCACAUUAAUCAAUGACUCCUUGGUAUCUGGUUCUGUUAUUAUUAUUAUUAUUAUUAUUAUUAUUAUUAUCAUCAUUAUUAUUAUAAUUUAUUUAUUUAUUUAUUUCUUAGCAGACACCCUUAUCCAGGGCGACUUACAAUCGUAAGCAAAUACAUUUCAAGUGUUACAAUACAAGUAAUACAAUAAGAGCAAUAAAUACAAUAACUUUUGUUCAAGCAAAGUACAAGUGUGACAAACCACAAUUCAAUAAUACAGCAGAUAAUAGUGAUAGUUACAUCAGGAUAUGAUUAAAUACAAUGACUGUUCCAUCAGUGUUGAAGAUUGCUGCUAUUACGCCAGUUUUAAAAAAGCCUGGCCUUGACCCCGAUAUACUAAACAACUACAGGUCCUAUUUCUAAUCUACCAUUCUUCUCUAAGAUACUUAAAAGAAUAGUUUUGUCUCGGCUUCAAAAUUAUUUGCUGACUGAUGAGUUACUUGAACCUUUUCAGUCAGGCUUUAGAGUUAAGCAUAGCACUGAAACAGCCUUGGUAAGAGAAGCCAAUGACCUGUUUAUGACUGCAGACACAGGGGCCCUUAACAUUCUUCUUUUAUUAGGAGGGUUAGGUCGGCCAGGGUGUCCUCGGCUCACCGCGCACCAGCGACCCCUGUAGUCUGGCCGGGCGCCUGCGGGCUUGCCUGUAAGCUGCCCUGAGCUGCGUUGUCCUCCGACGCUGUAGCUCUGAGGCGGCUUCACGGUGAGUCUGCAGAGUGUAAAGAAGCGGGCGGCUGACGGCACACGCUUUGGAGGACAGCGUGUGUUCAUCUUCGCCCCUCCCGAGUCAGCGCAGGGGUGGUAGCGGUGAGCUGAGCCUAAAAAUAAUUGGGCAUUUCAAAUUGGGGAGAAAACAAUAAAAACUAAUUGGCAACGACUACAUUUAAAAAAAUAAUAAUAAUAAUUGUGACAAAACAGAAAUUAUUUUCAUCGGCUCCCAGUCCCUGGUUCACAGAAUUGGUCAAUUUAAUCUGGAUAUUGAUAAUAUAAAUGUAUCUCCUUUCAAUGUAGUACGUAGCCUGGGUGUUAUCUUUGAUUCCACUCUGACCUUUUGAAACCCAUAUUAAAAAUGGCACUAGGGUGUCCUUCUUCCAUCUCCGUAAUAUUGCACAGAUAAGGUCCCUUUUAUCUCUCUCUGAUGCUGACAAAUUGAUUCAUGCUUUUGUUACUACUAGGCUUGAUUUAUUGUAAUGCGCGUCUAUCUGGAGUCUGCAUAAGAGCUUUAAACAAGUUCCAAUAUGUGUAGAAUUCUACUGCUCAUGUUUUAACCCAUACUGCAUCUCGGGAACAUUACACCUGUGCUUUUAAAUUACAUUGGCUCCCAAUACGAUACAGGGUGGACUUUAAGAUCAUGGAGUGACUUGUAUGUGAGCAGCAUGCACCAGGAUAUCUGCGAGACCUGCUUCAUGUCUACUCUCCAGUUCAUACUCUCCGCUCCUCCAACUCUGGUUAUCCUCGACCACCUAAAACUAAGCUUCGGUCCCCGGGAGAUAGCCUUCUACAGUGCUGCUCCAUGUCUCUGGAAUGCACUGCCCUGCUUUAAGAGACUCGGAGACUGGUGAGAUUUUUAAAACCUGUCUCAAAACACAUAUUUUUAAACUGGCCUUCAAGGAUCUGUGUUAAUGCUGUUCCUUAUUUUGUUGAAUGUAUUUUAUCACUGUAUUUUAUCUUGCCCUUUCGUCUUGUGUUUUGUCUUGCCUCGGCUAUGUUAAGUGCUUUGGGUUUGGAAAAGUGCUCUAUAAAUUAAAUGUAUUAUUCAUUUUA